AUGACAGUGGACGACUAUUCAACUAAUUUGCCGGAGGCUAUCAUUACAAAACAUUACAAAGAUGUUCAUCGAAAAUCGUUGGCGGAGUCCAUGUGCCCGUUGCGUCGGAUUUCGUGCAGAUUUUCCAAAUAUCGGUCCAUCACCGGAAUAUGCAACAAUGUGUUCCGUCCACACAGUGGAGCUGCCAUGAGUGCUUUACAACGAAUCAUGCCUGCAGACUAUGACGAUGGUAUUUCAUCACUCAGAACUUCCGUUGAUGGUGAUCGUUUACCCGAUCCAUGUUUUGUGGCGCAGUCCCUAUCCAGGUGA